ACAACUGCGGUUGCAUGUCAAAGGAAUUCCCUCGCACACAGAUAAUAUGCAAUUGGAGAGGAAAACAACCUAUUCGAGCCUCGACCAUGCCCUUGAGUAAAUAGUUAAGUUAAUAAUAUACUAGUCAAUAUCGGAUGCUUUGAGGGAGUGUGGAUGAAAAUCAAGAAUCAAAGAAUCUCGCUCACCCUCCUACCCAUCCCAUCCGUCCAUCCAUCCCAUCCCCAUCCCCCUCCCCCUCUCUCCAACCUUCAACAGCCCCAGGCAUCCAGGCAUCCAGGCAUCCAAACACCCAGAUACCCAGCCAGGCACGAUACGAUACCUCUUAAGUUCUUCACACCCCAGCUAGCUUUGUGUGAAAGCCCCAGUUUUCCAAGGAUUCCGGCCUCCAGUCCCACAGGCCCCGGAAUCCGGAACGUCUCUGGACUGGCUGGACUGGGCCAAAUCCUCCUUGUCGCCGUCACACUCGUUGGAAUCACCUGGAAAAAUCCCCUCCCUUCCCCUCCCCAUAGGAUAGGCGCAGUGGGCGGAGACGAUGAAGCCCCAUCCCGGCCCGCCUCCCUCCGAAACCGAAAAUACAGGAACUUCGAUACGCUUGCGAUCGAUGACGCAGAAGAAGCUGUGUCGAUGAUGCGGCUAUUAUUGUCUUUCGAACUAAACUAGCCUAGUAACUAGUAACUAACUAGUUCAAUAACGUCGACCUGUGUUGUGCGAGGAAAGAUCUCGAAAAAAAAAGGAAAGCUCCGGCGAGAAUUCUCACAUUUC